UCUUGACCUGCAGAAAGUGUAUAGCUGUUGCAAAGCUCGUUAGUUUGUUCCUGGAAUUUAUUUUGACACAGCGGUGCUCGUGUUGCGGCUUACGUGUUUCCAUGGUAACGGCAACAAACCUGUGGAGCGGUCGGACCUUAGUGGCAGUUAGGUUUAUUUUAAUCAAAUAAUUAACGCUAGCCUCCUGUUACUAAUACUACUAGGGAAAAUUAACGGUCCUUGUUAAACUUGGGUAUGUUUGAAUGCACAGAUAAUGAUUUUUAAAAAGUUAUAUCGCUCAACGCAACAGCUACACGUUAGCUAGCUACAGCUACUUGGCAGCCUACAGUUACUACUUAGUGUUAGCUAGACGAGUAAUUUGUUCUAUUUUAAAAAGACAGCAUUUCAAAUAGUAGCCUGUCUGGUACCAACUGUUGGUUCACUUUUUGGCAAACCUGUACUAUCUACGACCACAGUGUAAGAAUAACUGACUACAAUGUCUGACAUGGAUGAAGAUGGAGUGUUAACGGAUGCGGAGGGAGAGGAGGAAACCCAAGCAAAAGAAGCCAGCGGGGACGAGAAGGUGCAAGUUUCCCAUUUGACUGAAGAAACCAUACGUCAGGGGCUUUCGUUACUGUGCCGGACAGGAUGUGGACUUGAACACACAUUUAUCAAACUGGUCCUUAAAGACAAAGGACUGAAUGAUAUUGCUGCAGUCAGCAGUUAUAAUCACAUACGUUUUCUGGAUGUAUCCAACAACCACCUGACUGAUCUUUCUCCUCUGGCAUCUCUGACCCACCUACUUUGGCUGAAGGUUGACAACAAUGCUGUGGCAUCCUUCAAUGGGCAGCCUUUUGCACAGCUGCCCUUCCUGCAGUUGUUGAGUAUGGCAGGGAACCAGCUAACAGACAUAGAUGGCCUAGCUGCACCUAGCUUAGAGCGCCUCAAUCUCACAGGAAAUGGCUUUCAGAGAAUGAAUGGUUUUCAAGGUGACUGUUUUGCAAAUCUGGCGAUUCUAGAGCUGAGGGGAAAUCAGUUGGAUACCACUGACGGCAUCGACCUUCCAAACCUGGAGCGAUUAUAUCUAGCCCAAAAUGUUAUCAAACGCCUCGAGGGUUUGGAGAAGUUAGAGCGCCUCACCGUCCUUCACCUUCGAGACAACCAGCUAGAUUCUGUGAAAGGACUCAGUGCUGGCAUGAAGUGUCUCCAGUACCUUAAUGUCAGAGGCAAUGCAAUUGCAGAUGAGAACGCCUUACAGUCCCUUAGCCUUGUGUCAACAACCCUGCAAGCUUUGGUCCUUUCUGAGAACCCACUAGUGGAAUCAUCAGACUACCGAGUAAGCGUUCUGACGUUCUUGCCAGAGCUGGAACAACUUGACAAAGACCCUGUCACCCCUGAGGAGAGGGCUCAAGCCUGGGAAAGAAUCAAGGAACUUAAAGAAGAGGAAAUACCUGAGCCAUAAGAUUUGCAAUGAUGACCAAAAUGGGGAAGUAUCGGACAGACUUGACUUUCCUGAUUGUGCUUUUGUAUAAGAAACGUAUUGUAGGCCUAUAUCUGGAUUGUAUGAUUAAUCAACUUUGCACAUUAAAGUUGCUUGUGUCAUGCUCUCACA